AUGCGCCUCUCCCGGCCGCAACUCCGGGUAUCACAGGCCCAGUCAGCCUUCGCAGCAGGCAAUGCGCGAUGGACGAACCGAGAUCUUGAUCCUAUUCCUUUGAUUGCACGUAAAUGGGGUGUGGCCAGUUUGAUAGCUUACUGGAUCUCCGAUGCAUUCAACGCAGCAACAUGGGAAUUCGCUAGCAGUAUCAUCUCUGUAGGACUCACCUAUAAAGAGGCGAUUGCGAUUGUUGCCAUUUCAUUCUUUAUCAUGUCCUUCGUGAUCGCUGGAAACGGAACUGUCGGUGCAAUCUACCACGUUCCAUUCCCCGUCAUCGCGCGUGCCAGUUGGGGAUUCUGGGGCUCCUAUGUCCCUAUUAUCUCACGUGUGAUUCUUGCAGUCUUCUGGUUUGCCAUCCAGAAUAUCAAUGGUGGAAAUGCCGUUCGCGUCAUGAUUGGAGCUAUCUGGCCCAGUUAUCUUAAUCUUCAUAAUGCGAUUCCCGAAGACCAGGGUAUCACGACCAAUGGAAUGGUCGCAUUAUUUCUCUUCUGGCUGGCGCAAAUCCCUUUUCUUUGUCUGCACCCAAACAAACUGCGCUGGUUGUUCGCUGUGAAAUCAAUUCUUGUCCCUAUCACCUGGUUGGCGAUCUUGAUCUGGGCUUUUGUUGCUGAGAAGGGAGGUGGCAAUAUCUUCAAGGAGCAAUCAGCUUCUGUUUCAGGAUCGAAGUAUAGCUGGUUGUUUUUGGUGAAUAUGACCUCUGUUCUUGGGAAUUAUGCCACUCUGAGUGUGAAUCAGUCCGAUUUCUCUCGUUAUUCUCGAGUCAGUCCCCGGUGGCAACUCCUCUACAUCCCCAUGCUCCCUAUAAUCUUCACCUUCAUCUCCUUCAUUGGUAUCGCCGCCUCUUCUGCCGGGCAGGCGCACUACAACCUUAGUUCAAUUCCAUGGGAUCCAACAGUACUGAUGAGCUACUGGCCCAACCGUGCAUGUCGAUUCUUCGGCGGGUUUUCCUUCGCACUAGCCUCGUUAGGUGUGAACAUUUCCGCAAAUUCGCUCUCAGCCGCAAACGAUUUCACAGCACUAGCUCCUCAAUUCCUGAAUAUCCGACGUGGGCAACUCCUCUGCGCACUUCUAUCUUGGGCUCUUGUUCCAUGGAAGAUCCUUGAAUCGGCAGAUAACUUCCUAAAUUUCAUGUCUGCCUACGCUAUCUUCCUAGGACCUAUCGCUUCAAUCAUGUUGUUCGAUUACUGGAUUAUCAAUCGUCAAAGAUAUGAUUCACUAGCCUUAUACCAACCGUGGAACCCGACCUAUCGCUAUGAAUGCACUAUACCUGGGUUUCCCGAUCACAUUGUCUCUGGUGUCAACUGGCGCGCGAUUGUAGCCUUCCUGGUUGGUGUUGUACCAAGUUUACCAGGAUUGAUCAAUGCAGUGAAUCCGUCAAUCAGUGUCGGUGUGGGUGUGCAUCCGUAUCAGUUCGGAUGGCUACUCGGGUUCUUCUCGACAGCGGGUGUAUACAUAUGGUUAUCAUUGUGGUUCCCAGCCAAAGAAACUCAGAUUGAGCGAGCCAUUCUGCCAGAUGAGGUUUAUGAGGAGAAUAGCGGUGCGCCUGUGGUUGAGGGAGUGGAAACACCCUAUAGUGCUGAUAAAGAAAGUACUAUAGAUAGCAAGGCUGCUGGGGGAUUUCAGUCUUCUGAGAAAGUUGUCUAG